UGUUUAACCGGAGGACGUAUUCCAUUGGCCGGAUGACUUCCGGAAAUAGACGUUUUAAUGUAGAAAAAUGACCGCCGUCCUACCUGCAGUGGCAGAACAGCUUUUUCGAGAUAUCCGUAAAACAUACCAGGAAACUGCUCAAAUUCCUGAUGACUUACUGAUUGCGCUGAGGUUUGUUUUCGGGACCUGCGCAGUACAAGCUUUGGAUCUCGUGGACCAACGCUCCGUGACCUGUCUGUCAUCGCCGAGUGGACGUAAGGCCUUCCAGGUCAUAGGAGCCUCGGGGAGUUUAUAUACUUGCUUCACAUCCUGCCACUACUGCCCGUGUCCCGCCUUUGCCUACACGGUCCUCCGGAGGAAUGAAGGCCUAUUGUGCAAACACAUCCUGGCGGUGUACCUGUGCGAGGCCAUGGGUGCGACCCACAUGCAAAGUGCGUCGGACGAACAGAUGACAGCGCUGCUCAGCGGGACCCUUUUCAACCGCCUGUGGACUGACCAAUGAACCUUCUGGUGAGGACAGCUUGGCUGCCGGGCGGCAGUAUAAUGGAGUCAUGCAGACAAAUAAAGAAGAGCUGACAAAGUAAGUGACUGAAUGAUCAACAAUAAUGUUACACGAUUUUCAUAGAAGAAAAAGAAUUAUACCGGUAUUAUUGUUCUAUUAACUGUCUACCUGUGUUGCUGCACUGUUUGUGUUCAGGUUUUCAUUAUAGUACCACCUCAUGGAUUCUAUUCGCUUGCUUUCCAUUUAUUAACUUUAUGGACUGAUUUACAGAACAAUCCAUUGAUAAAUUACAGUUGCCUAUGUGCAUAAACAUUCAAAAUAAUUGCAAUCCACUAAAAUAUACAUAGUUGAGAGCAUGAGAGGCCUAACGAACCCAACUUUGUCCAUCAACACGACUAUGGCUCCCACAAAUGGAAUAAACAGUGAGUAUUGUCUGCUGGGUCAAUAUGUAUUAAAAGGGUAUUUAAAGAGUGCAACAAUAUACAACAGCGGCAGGGUCUUUUUGUACGUGAUGCAAAACGGGAAGACAGGUCCCCAAGGGGAGCGUCCAUUGUGUGUGUGUGUGCAUGUGUGUGUGUGCGCAUGUGUGUGCACAUGCAUGCAUGUCGCCUGUCCCAGGAGGCUGAAAACAUCUGGCCUGGGCUUUUUCCUUGCACUACAACCAUCUGUAAAAACAUUUUAUCAAAGAGCGAAUCCAUACCCCAAAUAGCUGUAGACUGCACGCACACGCACACAAAUAUACACAGUAUACCAUGUGUGUGUCAUUGUGUAAUUUGAGCCACACUGAUCUUUUUAGUGGGCAUGUGGCAAGGGUAGAAGGCCUUUUAGAGCCCACCAACAUCAUGUCAUGGCUAUUAAUGUAUAUGGAGUGUGUCUGUUGUGAGUGGUGUUAGAAAGCGUUGGGCGAUUUCCGCUAAGUAUCCGGAAAGUCUAUGGGAGGUUAGGGUAAGGAAUUAUUCCAAAUUGGGAAACGUAAUGGAGAUGAGCCGGGACUUGAGGUAAAAUGAAGUAAUCGGGGUACUUGAACGAAAUCUGCUCGUGUUUGUCAGGAUGGUGCUAAAAUGUAUUUUCCCGACUGAUAUUUAAGUUCCCCAUUACGAGCCAUCUGAUCAUGUUAAUUCUUGUUCCCCACAGAAAAUUUCCAACUUAGAAUUCCUCAGAAUUUAGCAACCCUUUAUGUGAGUCACUUUUGGCAUAAUCAUUUUACUUUCAUGAUUUCUACACAGGCAGAGUGGGUUCCUUUCCCACUCAGUGUUUGUCUAAAAAUGAGUAUGAGAUGUUGUCUGUCUGGAUAUGCAUUGUUUGUUUAACUGGCAGAAGAUACAAUUAACCUUUGUAUCCACCUGUUGCCAGUCAAAAAGCAAAAUAAUAGUUUUGUGUUGAUCUAAUCAGGCCCAGAUUUCUCACCAAGUACAACUGUGACAAUAUUACCAAUAUUUCCGUUCAUAUUCUUUUUGUGAUAUUUGCUCAAACAGUCAAGUCGCUUUAGCGUUAGCUGUGGUGCUAAUACAGUUGGCAAUGAGGCUAACCCAGUUGUUUGUUGUUGAACAAACAAACAGUGGUUGAAAAUGUUUAUUAGUUCGCUCCCUGCCUUUCAGUAUUUUAUAGUUUCCUGGUUUGAUGUGUUUAUUUAUUUAAUCUUUGUGUGUAUGUGUCCUUUAAUAUACUUUAUAGUCGCUGUCUGAUGAUAAGCCAGCUAUCCAAUUUGG